AUGGCAAUUGGAUCUGCCUUCGCUGCAAAAGAGUGCACGCUUAUCGGCGAUCAGAUCUAUCGCAGACUUGUUAAGAAGAAAAACGGCGUUGGAAAGUCUGAAUUCCAAACCCCGAUCAUGGUGGAGCGCUCAGACCCGGUUACAUUGAUUAUGCCGAAUAUCGAGUAUGCAACCUUCUCAGCCGAGGCUAUGUUUGCCUCAUUUCGGUGA